CCGUCUUGUCAACAUCAGAAUGAGACGCACUGCAACAACGCUUGCCCUAGAUAAAGUUAGACAGCUCUGAUAACUUGAACCCCCACACACACACACGAGCACAUAGUGGGUGGGUCUCGUUAUAUCGGCCGGAGGGCACGGUCACACGUGUGAAUGUGUGUCUGUGUGUGUGUGCUUUUGGCCUCUCGCGGUCCACUCGUGGUGUCACAGCAACCUCACGACGACUAAAACCAUUACCUCUUGUGUCGAGUCUGUGGCUUCUUCGUCUUCUUCGUCUUGUUGUUGCUGUUGUUCUUCCCCCACUGGCACCUCCGAUUAGCACGGUUGCACCACCAGCAGCAGCAGCACGCGAAGUCGGUCUCCUCGUGCUGCUCCGUGCUGCAGUGCGAACGACGAAAUCUGAGAAGGCUGCUGCUUGCAGGACACGUGAAGUGUGAUGUCUCAAAAAGACGAGUGGAGCUCUGCUGCUGCUGCUGAUGUGGACACGGACGACUGCUUGCUGAGCUACACGCACCUCUACAGCCCCACGCUGCUGAAGGACAAGGCUGAGAGCGUUGUACAUGCACUGGUGGUGGUCAGAUGGUAUGCAAGGCAGGACGGGAGUCACGCGCCGUCCUGCUGUUUAGGGAGGGUGGCGUUCAUCACUGGGGGAGGUUCUGGAAUUGGCUUCCGCAUCGCUGAACUCUUCAUGAGGCAUGGCUGUGAUACCAUUAUCGCAAGCCGAAACAAGGAGCGGGUGGAAGAGGCGGCUCGCAAGCUGGUGCAAGCCACUGGCCAGAGCUGCGUGGCCGUGACCCUAGAUGUCAGGGAUGAGACCUCCAUUGAGCGAGCCCUCGACCUCGCCCUGGAGCGCUUCCCCCGCAUCCACAUCCUCGUCAACAACGCGGCGGGAAACUUCGUGUGCCCCAUGAGCAACCUCACCCCCAAGGGCUUCCGCACAGUCAUGGACAUUGACACCAUGGGCACCUUCAACACCAGCCUGGCGCUCUAUCGACGCUGCUUCAAGCAGGAGCACGGAGGGGUGAUUGUGAACAUCUCCGCCACCAUCAGUUACAGAGGACAGAUGCUGCAGGUUCACGCCGGGGCAGCCAAGGCAGCCGUCGAUGCGAUGACAAAGCACAUGGCGGUGGAGUGGGGGCCGGACAAAGUGCGCAUCAACAGCCUCGCUCCGGGGCCCAUUGCAGGCACGGAGGGCAUGCGGCGGCUUGGCGGUCACCUCAAGGGGCAGAAUCCCUUCGCCUCCGUGCCGCUGGGGCGUGCGGGCACCAAAACGGACGUGGCACACUGCGCGCUGUUCCUCGCCAGCCCCCUCGCCUCGUACGUCACGGGCUCGACGCUUGUCGCCGACGGCGGGGCCUGGAUGACUUCCUUCAACGAUUUCAACGCGGUCCGAGCCGGUCUCGUCACCUCCAAGAUGUGACCGCCCUCUCCCCUUCACCGUCGGUCUCGCCAAAGCAUUUAGCGCUGCGACAAAUCGCAGGCGGUCAACGCAAACCGCCCAAGUUUCAAACAAAAAAAAUAAAACUGGAUACACUGGUCAACAACACCGCCUUGAGUGGGUAGAAGAAAAAAAGAAUCUAGAAAUAGGCGACGUUUCUCGGCAAUGACGCUUCUGCACAGCAGACACAGUGUCAUACACAUUUCUUUGUUAAUGUCCAAGAAGACUGGCUGCAUUAAGCCAAGACUUUCACUCGGGUCCUUAGUUUGAGUGGGAGGAAACUCUAGUUCAGAGACAGUCAACAGAGAUUAAAUGAAUAUUAGUUGAGAUUCCGCUACAUACCGAUGUAGCACGGUUGGCUACGUACGGUGCGAAAGAGGUUCGACAUGAACACAAACAAAAUGUGUUUUAAGAAUGUCUCGGUGAACAAUCUUAAAUUGAUAUACGAAGUUACUGAUUGUUGAAAGUUGGGCAUUGCAUGACAUUGGAAAGCGGGGGGUGGGGCUUGAGAUUGACGAGCGGCAGAGUGAGACCAGUGAGUGGAGUUAAGCGGUAUCUGCUGCAGGCUGCAUUAACACUUUGAUAAUGAGGGGGUAGCAUUUGCAAGUACAGUACCAAUUAUGUGUGAGAAUCGCGCACUUGAUAAUCGGUAAUGCUCACGAUGACGCGGUGAAUGCGCGCGUCUUGAGGUGCUCCGAAAUUGUUGGUGUGGCAAAUUGCCGGCCUUGAAUAAAAAAAAAUCUUAAA